UUGAAAGCAGAGCGCAGUUUAAUCCCUGGGGCAUCACAAUGCUGGCCAUGCUGAUGAUUUUGUCUUUAAUCCAAGCCUCAUUAGGUAGAGGAGUACCUAUUCUGAGUGAUCUGCCAGGUGACAACAGACCUCAACUGGAUGACUCCGAUCUGACAGCUAUAGAAAUGAUCGAUAAAGUCAACAUAGCUGUAGAUGUUGAACCCAAUCUUUUCGAAGGUGACAUAGUGCUGCCUCCAUACUCAGACGAGUCGAGUGGUAAUGAAAUGGAAAGGGAGAAGAGAAAUGCACAAAGAUUGAGGAGAUACAUCUGGACGGGAAAGAUUGUUCCCUACGUAAUCUCAGAUACACUCUUGCAACAGGGAUAUGAGCAGACCAUCAGAGGAGCCAUUGACCAGUUUACGCAACGCACAUGCAUUAAGUGGAAACCACGUGAAAACGAGGAAAGAUGGAUUACUUUUGAGAAAAAAUCGGGAUGUUAUUCAUCAGUUGGAAUGAAUUACUGGAAGAAGGGUUCACAAACAAUCUCUUUAGGAAGUGGCUGCAACCAUGCAGGAAUUACUAUGCACGAGAUGAUGCACGCUAUUGGCUUUUGGCAUGAACAGUCACGCUAUGACCGUGACAAGUACGUGGAGAUCAUGUGGGAGAAUAUUGAGCCUGGAAAAGAACACAAUUUCAAUAAAUACGAUAAUAACCGGAUUGAUUAUCUAAAUGAAGUUUACGACACAGGCAGCAUUAUGCAUUAUGGGAAAAUAAGCUUUUCCAAAAACGGUCAGCCUACCAUACAAGCAAUUGGUGACUCGAAUGCGGCAUUGGGUCAGCGGAAUCACUUCAGCAAUACUGAUAUCGCUCAAAUGAAUGCACUCUAUGAUUGCUCAGGCCCUAACAACGGAUGGAGUUCAUGGACAGACUUUGGUCCGUGCAAUGAUCAGUGCAAACACACACGUCAGCGGUUUUGUGCAUCACACGAUUUGAACAACUGUGAAGGUGCAGACCACUAUGGAAUACAAUCACAUACGGAGAAAUGCAGCAACGAAAAAUGUUUAGCUCCAAUAGAUGGGCACUGGGGAAAGUGGUCAUCGUGGUCUUCCUGUAAUGUGUCAUGUGACAAGGGAACAUACAGCAGAACGAGGCAUUGCAAUGAGCCUAAACCAAAAAAUGGCGGGAAUGAUUGCGAUGGAGAUGAUAAGCAAGUCGGAGAGUGUGUAAUGCCAGGCUGUCAUUUGGGUCCCCAGGACUGUGAGUUUGAGGCGGGUGGGCUUUGUCACUGGACUAUUUGUGAACCAAAUAAAUAUCCCAGGUGGUAUCAUCAUCAAGGACCAACCUCAAGUUCAGGAACUGGACCUUCUGGCGACCACACUUCCGGUUCAGGAAACUACAUUUAUUUUGAGGCUUCUUCGCCCGCCCAAAAUGGAGGAAAAAAUUGUUUUUUUAGUCAAGUCUUUCCAGCUGGAUCUUGUCCACAACUCACAUUCUGGUAUCACAUGGUGGGUUCAGGGAUGGGAAAGCUCUCUGUUCAAACAAAGGAUUCUAACGGCAAUUACAUAACUGUCUGGGAAAAGUCUGGUGAACAAGGAAAUGAGUGGAAAAAUGCAAGUGUCGAGGUCACCGUUUCUGAGUCAUAUCAGGUAUAUUUUGAGGGUGUUCGUGGCGGGAAUUUCAGAGGUGACAUUGCUAUCGACGACAUCGCGUUUAAGGCUUGUUCAGUAGUAAAGCCGGCAGUUCAAGAUUCCUGUGACUUCGACGGUGGAAAUUUGUGCGACUGGACCAACCAUCCUGAUAACCCAGAGCUUUCAGAUGGACUGAGGUAUGAUUGGAUAAUUCACUCAGGUGGCACACCGAGCCAAGACACUGGACCAACUAAUGAUAUAACAGCGCGUGGACAAGGAGGCUACAUUUACUUGGACAGCUCAACUGCGCAUGUCAAAGGGUCCAGAGGGGCUCUGAUCAGUAAAGAGUUUCCGGGGGUGACACCGAUGUGCUUGCAUUUCUGGUAUCACAUGUAUGCCAGCAGAAAAGGAAUGGGACAAUUGCGUGUGUUCGUUCAAAAGGGAGCAAAAAGAUGGUUACAGUACAGGAAGGCUGGAAACAAAGGAAAAGAGUGGAUUUACAAGAAGAUCAACCUACGUAACAAAAACAAAACCCCGUACAAGAUCGUGUUUGAAGGGGAACGAGGAAGGACUGGAAGGGGUGAUGUUGCAUUGGAUGGUAUCAAAAUGACCAACGGACUUUGUCAGUGAUCCCGGCGACUAUAACUGAUAACAAUUACGUGACAUGCAAAAAGUCAAUAUGAUCAUUUGUCAUUAAAUACACUUUAAGAGGAUA